AUGCGUCGAGUAGCAUUAAAAGCGAUUCGCACGGCGAGACAAUUACCUGCUCUUCGUAGCACCCGUGGAAGCAUCUUUCAACCAUCAAACUAUGUUCUAAGUGCACGAUAUUCUUCCGGUAGAGCUCCUAUUCCCAAAUCAUCAGCAUCAUCAACUUCACCACUCCAAAGCUCCUUCAUCCCAGCCUCGAUGUAUUGGCGAAGGUUUGGUCUGGCCUUCGUUUCAGGCUUGGUUGGAUAUGGCGCGUGGUAUACAUACAACGGAGACGGAACUCUCACUCAAGAAGCCAGUCCAACUUCAUCAGUACAACAAUCUCGCGGCUUCUCAACUAGCACUAUCUAUUCAACACCGAUCGGGCCCGAAGAGACCGCGGAUGCUAGGAAGGCUGUAAUUGUCAGCACAGAAGGUCUUUAUACUGACACAAUUGAAGGUCCAAUUUCAAAGGAUACCGACGAUUCUGGAAGAAAAGUUUUAGAAAUGUUAACACCAGACCAAGCAACUUCAAAAUUGAGAAGAAAUGAAGAAUCUUAUUUUGUCGGUCGUGGCAAAGGAGUAGUGCGAUACGAUGUCGUUCAAAUCCCAAGCAAUGACCCAAUCGAGGAUGAUCAUUCUGAAAAGAUUAUUGAAACCAAUGAAGCAAUUGCCGGACAAUCACCCUCGGAUUGGAUGUUUUGGGGUGUAUUCGAUGGGCAUUCAGGCUGGACUACUUCUGCGAAAUUACGACAAGUAUUGAUCAAUUAUGUCGCUAGAGAACUCAACUCUACCUACCAAGCCUCUCCCAAUCCUUCCACCGAAGCCAUUGAAGCUGCGAUGAAGACUGGCUUCACUCGACUCGACAAUGAGAUUGUACAUGAAAGUGCGCAGAAAGUAAUGAAAGGCAAUUCGAAAUUGGUCGCAGCAGAACUGUUAGCUCCAGCAUUAUCAGGAUCUUGCGCGCUUCUUUCUUUCUAUGAUACAAACACCGGACUUCUGCGCGUCGCAUGCACAGGAGAUUCACGCGCGAUCUUAGGAAGACGAAGUGAUAAUGGAAAAUGGACUGCUAAAGCUUUAUCAAUCGAUCAAACUGGUAGCAAUCAAGAUGAAGAAGCCAGGAUGAGGAAAUUACAUCCUGGAGAGGAUCACGUAAUUAGAAAUGGUCGUGUCUUGGGAGGUCUCGAACCAACUCGCGCAUUCGGCGACGCAACUUAUAAAUGGACUCGUCAAGUUUCAGAGAGGCUAAAGGAAUCUUUCUUUGGAAGAACACCAUCCAGCCUUCUUAGAACCCCACCGUACGUCACUGCGGAACCUGUAGUAACGACUACCAAGAUUCAACCGGAGAGUGGAGACUUUGUUGUAAUGGCUACGGAUGGACUUUGGGAGAUGCUCUCAAACGAAGAAGUUGUCGGUUUGGUUGGACAAUGGAUUGAUAAACAUUCAGCCGAUUCGAAUGGGAAUUCCGCAAGUUCAUGGACAAAAAUGUUUACAGCGUCGCAAAAAGGAUUACCUGUAGAAACAAGUAAAGAUGAUGGUAAUAGUGGCCAGAAAGCCCCAAUUCGACAACGUCAAUGGGGCGUCACUGAAAGUGAUAGAUUUGUUGUUGAGGACAAAAAUGUCGCCACACAUUUGGUACGAAAUGCAUUAGGUGGAAAGGACAAGGAUAUGGUUUGCGCUUUACUGUCACUACCUGCACCUUAUUCUAGAAGAUACCGUGAUGAUCUUACAGUAGAAGUCAUCUUCUUCGGCAAUGGACCAAAAUCUGGCGAUAUUGUUGUCAAUAAGGAAGCAAGCGCGAGCGCAAACAACGUCAAGCCUAAACUAUAAAAUGACUUUAGAUUCAAAGAAAAAGACUACUUCUACUUUUCAGCGUGUAUUAUUAAGCAUUAAGCUUUGAUAUUGUAUUUCGGGGAGGACGAAGGGAAUGAUUGGUAUGGAUGGAUGGUGGUAAUAUACCCAGC